AUGUGCGAAUGGGUGGCCUCGCUGGCGCAUGGGCCGGGCGAGCCAAGCCGCGAGACCUACUUGGGAGAAGGUGCCUCGGAAGCCGACGAUUGGGAACGGUGGCACCGCAUGCAACAGCUUCGUGCUCAGGUCCUGGGUUCUUCGGCGGCCCAAAGGCUUCUGAGAAAGCGGCGUUUCGUGACGAACGCCGGGGACCAGACACGCUACAAGGCGGCCGGCGACCUGACAGACCAGGCCUUCAGCGGGGCGGUUCCGGAGGAGUGCCCGGUGCUGGGCUAUGACAAGGAAGCGCCCCAGAGCUACCCCAUCGACCUGACAACCUGGAGGAGAUCGAACGGGACGAGGGCGAAGAGGCGCCCGAAGGGGAAGCGAGCAAUCAAGGGGACCCUAAAGGUGAGCGGCGCGGAGGAACACAUAUGGCGGUGGGCGAAGUCCACCUUCCGCUGCCCAGCUUGCAGCUCUGGCGUCCUUCCGAAGCCGGCGCGGCCAGCCACGAUACCGAGGUGCUAUGCUCCCAAUGUGGUUGUGGCGGUGGACCUCUUCGAGCUCCCCACUUGGAACAAUGACGGUUCGGAGCGCUACUUGAAUGCGGUCUGCCUGGGCACCAACUUUCAGAUGGUAGAGAAGGUGCGCAGCAAACAGCCAGGAGCAGUGUGGGCAGCUCUGGCGCGAUCGUGGGCCAGGGUCUUGGGCUUCCCGCAGAUUAUCUUGCUGGACCAGGGCACCGAGUUCUUAGGCGAGUUCCGCCAGAACGCCCACGACCUCGGCAUCCUCAUCCACACCAUUGGCGCGAGGGCGCCGCGCCAGAACGGACGGGCAGAGCGGCACGGAGCUCUCUUCAAGGCCAUGUUUCAGAAAGCCCUUUGGGCCAACCCGGCCACCAGCAGCGAGGACUACAAGGUGCUUUUGCGAGAAGUGGAAUCAGCCAAGAAUCGCCUCUCGGAUAGGAGCGGUUUCUCACCGGCUCAACGUAUGCUGGGGGAAACACCUAGAACUACGGGCGAGCUGCUGGCGGACGAGAUGGUGGAUGUGGUCCUGAAGGGCGUGACGGGCGAGAUGGAGAAGAGGCUUCAAGCGAGAAGGGCCGCUCAAAAGGCCUUCGCGGAGGUGAACACCUCCCAAGCGGUGCGCCGUGCCAUGCGGGCGCGAGCUAGGACCCAGAGGACCUUCAGGCCGGGCGACGUGAUUUUUGUUUGGCGGUCCUGGAAGGCCCAAGGGAUCAAGAAGCAAGCCUGGGUGGGUCCCGGAGUUGUCGUUCUCCCCGACGGACCCAACUGCUAUGUGAAUGUGAAGGGCAGGUUGUGGCGAGUGGCGAACGAACAUGUGCGAGAAGGGACCUCCGAUGAAAUAAGGGGGAUAGAGGCGGUGCAUGAAGUGUUCCAAGACCUAAAGGAGCGCUUCCAGAGGCCGGGCCGUGAGCUUGGCGUCGUCGAGGACCUGACCCAUGCAGGUGACGCUCGGGGACUACCUAGAGCCAGGGUUGAAGAUCCGGAGCCGCCGGUACCAUUCCCCGAAGUGGCGGUGCCGGUUCAGGAGAUUGAGGAGGCGAUGCAAGAACCUCCGUUGCCUGAGCCACCGGUUCCCGAGGUCCCAAUUCCUAUGCAGGACCUCCCGCGUCAUGUGUCGCAGGCGUCUGCUGAGGAGCCCGAGGUGGAAAGAACAGCCAGCCAGCCGGAAGCCGACGUUGAGGCAAGGGUCAAUGCAGGGCAAGAAGCGAUUCAAGCAGCUCGGCAGCUGGAUGGUACGCCGUAUGGAGCCAUUCGGCCUUCGACGGUGCCACGCCUCGGAGCCUCGGCUCCGUACUUGACCGAGGCCGUGCAGGACGACUACUUUGAAGAGCCGGCCGUGCCGCCGACCGUGUUGGAGGAGAGAGCCCCAGAGCAACAUGCACAUCGAGACCGGUGGCAGUUCAUGAUAGACAAGGGGGUUCUCCGGCGGCACCAUGUGAAGUGGCGGUCUAGCUCCUUCUCUCCUUGGGAAGCUCCCAAGCUUCCUGUGCCAAUGCGGCACCUGACUUCCGAAAGGAGCACCACUCGGGUCUUCAAGACAGGCCUCACCGACCAAGUGAGCGACGACUGGAAGGAGCUCAAGCCUUCCAAACGUAGCCAUGGAAAAUGGAAGGGCUACACCGACUUCUACCUCACCCGUGCAUCGCUGGUGGAGGCCCAGAAACACCCCGAGAUGUUCCACACCGCGGCGGUGCACCAGGAGUUCCUGAUCGAGUCCGAGCCGCCGGGCAUCUUCGCAGUCAAGAAGGGCGGUGACGAGAUCGCCGAGAAAGACAUAAAGCCAGAAGACUGGCCCGAGUGGAAGGCCGAGGAUGCUAAGGAAUGGUCCAAGAUAGAGUCGUCUGGGGCGGUCAGGGUCCUAUCCCCUGAAGAAAGCAAGGCGGUGAUCGAGCAGCUGACCAAGGAGGGCAAGCUGGACCGGAUCAUCGACAGCCGCUACGUGAGGCGACUCAAGCCGGGAGAGCUGGUUGGCGAAAAGCCAGCUAAGAAGAGCCGUUGGUGUGUGCGGGGCGACCAAGAUCCAGAAGCCGUGGACCUGAAUACCUACAGCCCCACAGUCACCACGCAGAAUUUGCAGGUGAUCCUUCAAUGUGCGGCUUCACACCGCAUGCCGGGCUCUUGUGGAGACCUGCAGGCUGCUUUUAUGCAGUCGGCCCCUCUCCUUCGACCAGGCGGAAAGCUCUACGUGCGUCAACCGAGAAGCGGGUUGCCGGGACUGCUGCCAGAACAAUUGGUGGAAAUCGUGUGUGGCGUCUACGGCUUGGUCGACGGGCCAAUUCACUGGCGCCAGACGCUAAAGCAGUUCAUCGUUGAAGAGCUCCACUUUCGCCAGUCUCGAUUGGACCCCACCGUGUUUCUGUUGGGGCAGGCCGGGAAACUAGAAGGCAUCCUGGUCAUUGAGAUCGACGACAUUUUGUCGUUCGGCUACCAGGCCCAUGACGAGGCCAUGGCCAGACUACGCCAGCGGUUCAAGUUCGGCAAGUUCAAAAGCCUACAAGAGCUGCCAGAAGGUACUACCUUCAACGGCCGGCGUAUUCGCCAGACGCCUGGGUUUGAGAUUUUGGUCGAUAUGGAGAAAUACGUUCAGGAGCGCCUCUUCCCCAUGAAGUUCGAGAAGGGCAGGCGCAGCAACCCAGAGGCGGAGGCAACGGCCGAUGAAAGGCAGAAGGCCCGAGCUGUGAUCGGGGCGUUGGCUUGGGCAGCUAAAGAAUGCCGACCAGACGCAGCGGCUGCAGCGUCUAUGCUUGCAAGCCGCUUACCAACGGCCAAAGUGAAGGACCUGGUAGACCUCAACCAGGCAGUCGAGGCAGUGAAGGCCAAAAGCCAGUUGGAACUGCGCUUCUUUCCGAUUGCUCCUGAAGACCUGGGCUUCGGAACAGUGACCGAUGCUUCCUGGGCCAAUCAUCCAGACGGCGGUUCGCAAGGAGCCACAGCGGUGAUAGCUUUUGACAAGGCGCUCUUGUCGGGGGCCCGAGCACGCUGCAGUUUGGUCUGGUGGAAGUCGGGCAAGCUUCGCCGCAAAGUUUCUUCAACCCUCGCUGCGGAAGCUCAGUCGCUGAACAAGGGCCUCGGCGACCUACUGUGGGCCAAAGCCAUCUACACCGAGCUGGUGGAUUCGAGCUUCGAUCUAGAAAGCUUCCGCCGGGAUAUAAAGUCCAAAGCGGAUGUGGUGCUUCAGAAGUCCAACGCCGACGAGAUCCUCCGCGAGUCCUUGUCGGUGAUCGACGCUAAGAGCCUCUACGACAACUUGGUUAAGGACGGCAAUCAACCGCAAGAUAAGUUCACGGCCUUGGACGUUGCGAUUGCCAGAGAAAAGAUAGACGGCAUGGGCGUGCAAGUGAGAUGGGUGGAGCACCAAAGUAUGAUCGUCGACUGCCUCACCGAGGUGAAGGGCAGCAAGCAGGCGCUAUUCGACCUGCUGGAGUCCGGGACUUUUCGGCUGGAGGCUGAAGGCGAGCUCCUGGAGGCUUGGAACGACGAGCCCAAGAUGGUGAAUCGAUGGAAUACCCUGAUUCGCCUGGUUGCAAAGCGGCGCCGAAUGCAAGACGUUUUCCAGGUCUAUGAUGCCAUGCGAGCACUGUGGGUUCGGGCGGAUCACGGGACAACGGAGUUUAUUGCAAGAGCAGCAGUGGCCACCGUGGAUCUUAGUGGCCUUGUGGACUCGUUUCAUACGAUGCCUCCAGCUCGAUAUCCCGAGGUUGUUUUUGUGGGCUGGUCCAACGUCGGGAAAAGCUCCUUAAUCAACUCCCUCCUCCAUCGCACUGCUGUGGCCCCGGUGUCUACGAUGCCCGGGAAGACGACUCAGUUCCAUUUCUAUACCAUCAACGAGCACAAUGCAGCUUUCCCUAGGAUGACGCUGGUUGAUGUUCCUGGCAUUGGCGAGGCCAUGGCAGACGAGGUGCAGACGAGGCACUGGAGGCGAACUCUCGACUUGUACCUGAAAGAGCGUGGUCCGACGUUGCGCCAGGUUUUUCACCUGAUCAGCUGCGAGGUAUUGUUACGUCGGCAAAAACCAUCUCCUUUGGACAUUUCGGUGAUGGAGAUGUGCCUCCAUCACCGAAGCAAGUUCAACCUGGACUACACCUUGGUGAUCACAAAGAUUGAUCUCAUUAGGAGCAAGAAGGAUGCCGAGACUGUGUACGAGAACCUGUGCAAAGUUGUUCGCAGGCUUCGACUUGGCUCGGCGAAGAUUGUCCCAGCCAGCGUCCGCAGCACCACUGGCCGCGUGCUGCUUUGGAAACGCUUGUGGAGGUCCGUGGAUCCCGAAAACAGUGCCUGGCACUCGUCGCAGGAUCUCAGCGCCCUCCGCCAGGAGGUGGAGCGGCUAGUCGAAGCCAAAGAUGCCGAGGCUUUGAUCACACGAGCAAAGGAGGAGUCUGGAGAUGGAUGGGAAUGCAUCGUUCGCGGAAUCCUGGCUCUUGGAAGACUCCGUGAUGCCUGGAACAUCAUCCAGGCCGGUCCGCAAAGAGCUAGAGGUUUGGAAGAGCAGGAUACUGCGGAGGAUGGUAUGGAAAAUGACAUGGAGAUGCUCAAGGAGGGCCUUUUGGAGGCUGCAGAGGCCGGGGAAGAAGCUGCAGAAGACAAGGACGAGGAAGAUGCACAAGAGGUGUCGGAGGAAGAAGCAGGGGCGGACUUCUUCGCCAUGCCUGAAGACCUGGAGUCUGAGCAGAUGGCUGCCAUGCAGGAGAGGGCGGCCCUUGCAGUGGGCGAGGCGGCCUUGGCACCGAGUUCGGACGCGGGCGAGACCUUGCAAGGGCUGGCCCCGCGUGAUCCCGCGCUGGCCGAGGAAGUUGCAAAGAUGCUGAGCAAGGAACAUCGUGGGGCGGCGGCAGAGCUGCUGAUGGAGCAGGUCGUUGCCUCCGCACGGCUCGAGAGUCUCGACUCGGGCCAGUUUCCCGGCAGCUUCGGAAAGCUCGAAGCGCUGCUGAAGCAGGCCAAGGAGGAUGCAAUCUUCACGCCCUGGAGUGCCGACCGCUGGAACAGGUUGCUCCGAGUGGUCGGCAGUCAGGGCAACUUGCCGGCUGUUGAGAGAGUGCUGGACUACAUGUCACAGUUUCAGGUCACUGGUGACCAGGAAACGGAUGCUGUCAUGGCCGAGUUGGUCGUGUCAUCCGUGGACUUGGGCGGGCAGGCCGUGGGCCCCUGCGAGCUGGACGAAGGCCCCGGAGCCACUCCCAAGGUGCUCUUCCUUGGUGGUCGUAGCUUCUCCUCGCGAAAAGGAGGCCCUGAUCGUGCUGCCAUAGCGGAUGCCAUUGUAUCCACGAUUCCGAGACGGAGGAUCGAAGAUGAACUCGCAGCUGUGAGCAGGGAACCUGCUCGCAAGACCCGAGGCAAGAAGUCUGCGCAGCAGUUGGACGUCCCGCUGGCCAGCUUGUUGAAGAUCAACGAAGCUCCCUCGAAUAAGGGGUCGGUGCCGGCAGUGACGCUGCUGUCGGUCCCAGCGCUUCAGAGACCGUCGGUGCCAACUGUUGAGAAAGAGCUUGCCGCCAGUGGUGGGGUCUCGCGGAAUGCGGCUCGUGGUGGGGUCUGGGGAUCGACCUUGGAGGCCGAGGAAGAAGUGAAGUCGGAAGCCGCUGCAUGGCGCGACGGCGUCUGCAACUACCUCUCCGGGCCGUGCGCAGCUCUUCUGGGAGGUGUUUUUCAUGUCGUGGAUGCCCGAGACUUCGCGCAGAAGCUGAGCGCCGAGGUCCCGAGCCACUGCAGACCGGGUGAGGAGGUCUUCAUCCAGCGAAGGUUGGAGACCCUCCUGGCAUCCAAGAGCCCAUGGCUCCCGGCUGAUGAUCGUCUUGUCCAGGCCGCCGCCCUGCGUGCCCGCCCGAAGCGCUAUGUGCUGGUCGUGGCGGAUUGCGCGCAGCUGAGCCUGGGGGGAUCGCGAAGGUUCCUGCACCAAUUUUACGUCCUGCCCUUCGUAGCGCAGCAGCGCCGAGCCUUCCUCCGAGAGAAGCUGCUUCAGGAGGUUUCCGCAGCAGCAGAAGCAAUUCAAGGGGAGCGCCCAUCCCAGAUCAGUGUGCUGCUGGCAGAUUCGGAGCAAUUCUACCACAGCUGGGAGUUCUGGAGGCAUUUCUGGUCGUGUGCGACUUCCACCGAGUGA